AUGGAUACUGAUUAUGACAACAUUGAGAGGAUAUCACUGCAUCCCCUACUUUCCUCAAUACUAUUCCUGAACAUUUUCGAAUUAUUCCUGCUGUUUGCUGCUAUUCUAUUGAAUUUGUUAUUUCUUUGUGUACUUCUGCAGUAUUCAGUUUUUCAUAUUCAUUUACGAAUAAUAUGUCUACAUAUUACAUCUGCAGUAACCCUAUUAACUGUGUAUUCGCUGGUCAGAUCAGUUGCUAGUGUUUAUCAGGUCUUUGGUAACCAAAUAAUCACAGUGAGCGACUCGUCUUCGUGUUUCUUCGUGCAUGUCGUACCCACAUGCUUCUGUGUGUUGUUCAUCAUCCUUCCAUUAGUGCUGGUCAUCGAAAGAGCAAUUGCUACCGAAAAAGUUCGCGGUUACGAAGAUUUUCACUUUCCAUCUGGAAUGAUGCGACUUUGUCUCGUUUUUGUGAGUUGCCCUCUUAUUUUUCCUUUCUCAACAAGUUAUGAAAACUCCCGACUUCCAAAAAGAUGGACGUUUUUUUUUAGGUAUUUUAUGGUUUUGAGAGAAUCUCUAACAAGGAGUAUUAUUUAA